AUGAGCAAUCUUCGACCACAAAAGCGGCUCGCAGCCGCGGUGCUUGGAUGCGGGAAAAAGAAGAUAUGGUUGGAUCCCAACGAGAAUUCGACCAUCGCGAAUGCCAACUCGCGGAAGAUGAUCCGUAAAUUGUUCAAGGACAGUCUGAUCAUCAGGAAGCACGUCACGGUUCAUUCUCGUGCACGAUGCAGGGCCAAUCUGUUGGCACGGCGAAAGGGUCGUCACACUGGGCCUGGUAAACGAAAGGGUACCGCCAAUGCGCGCAUGCCGGAGAAAGUGUUGUGGAUGAGACGAAUGCGUGUGCUAAGAAGGCUCCUUAAGAGAUAUCGAGAAGCUCACAAAAUCGAUAAGCAUCUGUACCAUCACUUGUAUCAACAGUGUAAGGGUAACCAGUUCCGCAACAAGCGAGUUUUGAUCGAGCACAUUCAUAAGAAAAAGGCCGAACGGCUACGUGCUAAGCAACUCAGUGAUCAAGCAGAAGCUAUGCGUCAACGGAAGCGCGACGCCCGUCUUCGCCGCGAAAAACGUCUGGAGGAUCGUAAGAGAGCCAUUAUCGAGUCUGCAACGGCUGCACCGGCUCCCAAGCCCGCUCAAGCACCGACCCCGGCUCCAGCAGCUGCUAAACCCGCUCCUGCUGUUGUUCCUGUGGUUCCCACUCCAGCUGCUCCAGAACCUCAGCCGAAGGUGGAAACCAAAGUCGCGGAGCGUCCUGCUGCGGCUCAACCAACUGCCAAGACUCCAGAAAAACCUGCAGCAGCCGCCAAGGAAACCAAAGUGAAAGCGGGAUCAAAAGUUGCCCCGCCGCCAAAGAUUCCGGCUCCAUCAAAGGCACCUGCAGCACCACCGAAAGUGCCUGCUCCUAGUUCCGCGAAACCGGCCGUUAAGAAGACUGGAAAGCGUUGA